GGCGGGCGCAGCGGCGGCCCCGAGGCGGGAGGAUGCGGGCGGCGCCCGGGGCGCAGCCGGAUCGGCCCUUCAAGCUCAGGAAGAGUCUCGCCACCCGGCGGGAAGAAGUAGCAGGGAUCCGAGCCAAGUUCCCGACAAAAAUCCCGGUAAUUGUUGAGAGAUACCACAAAGAGAAAUACCUUCCUCUCUUGGACAAAACCAAGUUUCUGGUUCCCGAGGAGCUGACCAUGGCACAGUUCAUAACCAUCAUCAGAAGCAGGAUGGCUCUGACAGCUACACAAGCUUUCUACCUGCUGGUGAACAACAAAAGCCUAGCCAGUAUGUCCUUGACAAUGGCAGAAGUGUACGGGGACUACAAAGAUGAAGAUGGCUUUGUGUAUAUGACCUAUGCUUCCCAGGAGAUGUUUGGAUGCUUAUUACCCAUUGCCCAAGGGAAAACUGUGGAAUGCUUUCAGAAAAUCUAAGAUUGGGUUCAUAUGCUGCAGCAAAGCAGUUUGCUCUGAAUCAUGCCUGUGACACGAACCUCGGAGAUGCUCCUUCCAGUGUGAGCUCUUGAGCUCUGUAGUGGGAGUUAUGAUCCAAAGGCUGGCAGGACCAGCUUAAGACAGAAAUGGUGGUACACUUUCCCUAGGCAAUAAUUUGGGUAUGUAUUUUUAUAUUUGAAGACACUAUGGGUUAGGUUUUUUUGUCUUUUGAACU